GUGAAAAUAAAAAAAUGUAAACAAAUUCUGCGAAAAAUGGUUUCCAAGCCUUUUUGAUCGCCUUAUUUUGUCUGAAGGGUGAUUUAUAAACUAAGAUGAGUCGUGUUAAUACUAAGAUUAAGAAUGAUGGCUGUCAUCAAAGUAUGGCAUUGGACCUUAUUCUACGCACAUUUAUUAAUUCUAAAGAAUUCAAUGAGAUGCCUCAGAAAAACUGGGAAGCAGUUUCCAGGCUUAUUCCUGGGACAACGCCAAGACAGAUUGCCAGAAGAUAUGAGGAACUUCAACAACAACAGCCUCUUGCACCCCUGGCCAAUGAUAUCAACUCUCUGUUUGGGAAGAAUAUAUCAUACGGAGGAGGAAAUGUGUCCUUUAUGGCAUCAAAACUUUCUCGACCUGAUUCAGAAACUUCAAGUCAAGAGAAGACAGAACAGAAGUCACAUUCAAGACCAACUUCGGCUAAAGUAAAAACUUCUUCCUCAGGUUCAGUUUCUAGAUCUGAUAAAGAAAGUUCAUCUAAGUCCAGGAAUUCAGGAAGUUCUCUCAGUGAUGCAGGGCCAAUGAUGGUGAUCCAUGUAUGUGAUGAAGCAAAAAAUGGUUCAGAAAUCGCAGUAAAGCAAGAUUUCCAAUGUCCACGAGACCUGCUCAUCACAGAAAUGAAAUACUUUGCCGACUACCUUUCAACCGAUGCUCAUCGAUGGGAAGAGGUCGAUAUUUCUGUCCAUUGUGAUGUGCAGAUCUUUGAUUGGUUAAUGAAAUAUGUCAAGAGGAAAAUCAAGGAUAUGCCUGAGCCCACAAAACUAGAACCUAACAAUGUCAUAUCGAUCCUGAUCUCAUCAGACUUCCUCAAGAUGGACUCUUUGGUACAGAAGUGUAUUGAGUAUUGUCAUGGGCACAUGAAUGCUAUUCUUGCCACUCCAUGCAACAUGAACUGCAUCAAUGAUAAACUGGUCACUAGAAUUGCUGACUUGUUCAAUCACAAUGAACUUGAUGACAUCAAGGACAGGAAAGACAAAUUCAAGAGUAAACUGUUUUGUAAGAAGGUGGAGAAGUUGUUCGAGUCGGAGAAUUCAACACUUUGCUCACCUGAGAAUGCCUCCACUCUCUUUAGGUGUGGCGUAUGCAAGAAACUCCUGACAAAAAAUCUUCAAAGCAAAGUCAAGUGUGCCCAAAGCAGGAUGACCAUUGACCAGAAGGGUCAACUUCAAUACAGCCACCAGCGAGACCAGAAUUGGGACGUGAAUGAAUUCAUUCUAGAUUUAAAGAAUGAAUUGAAGACAUGGCGAGAGGUCUACUGGAGGAUCUGGGGUGCUGUCAACUACUUACAGUGCUCGAGGUGCAAGGAGACGUUCCCUUGUAGUUACCUGGGGGGCUGCAAGAUGCACUUGGAACAGCCUGUAUUUGUGGAUACAGAUUCUUGUGGUGGACUGAUUGGGACCUUCCCCUGCUGUAAACAGAAGUCACUCAGAUUUGACCCGAAGCAGCCCAAUACUGGUUGCCGUUCUAGGGAUCAUGUUGUCAGUAUACCAUCACAUGCUGGAGUCGAUGGGGCAACACAGGCAAAAAGUCGCGUCUAUGAUGAUCUACUUGCUCACAAGGAUGCCAUCUGUAUGCCUCCUGUGGAAACUGAGGAACCUGAUGAUAAUGAAGUGAAUGUGUUUAUCUAUGAAGAGCAUGCGUGUGGUUUGAAGAAUGACAGCAGUUCCUCGUCGAAGAGUAAGAUAGACCAGAAGGUGCCACAGCCUGAUGAGGAGAAGAAAGAGACCCCUCAACCACGCCUUGAGCCACUCAUGUAUGAACGUCAGAUUGCAUUUGACGAUGACAUAGGUUUCGGUGAGAGUGAAGACGAACUCGGUGAUGAUGAGAUUGGUAAAGGAAAACGACCGAAGCUAACAAGGAAGUCCAAAUUUACUGUUGACCCUCAGGCGAUCUUGAUGGAUGCCCCCGACUUCAGCAUAGAGAAGAAUAGGAAAUGGGCUUCUGACAAGUCCAUGAGGUGGAAUCAGGAUGCACAGAGAGAGGAUGAUCGAAGACGGAUGAACGAGAUUGUGAGCUAUCUUACUAAAUUGCGUCUGAAUGCGGAGAAGAGAGAGAAAAUCAAACAUAAAGAGUAUGCUGGAGGAAUCUUUUCCAAGCUGGACGCCCAGUGGAAAAUGUCUAAUCUCGUUCCAGCCAGUAAAGGCUCCAGCAUGGCUCAACUCAGAGCAAAGCCAAGACCUGGUCAGAUUCGUGCUUCCAUAACAUAGAAGGAAUUUUUUUGACGCAUCUUAAAUCCGUCCAGAGUAUGUGAAUCAACCCAAUCUGUUCAUGCUGCAUGUAUGAGUUAUUGAGUUUGUUUAGUGGACUAUACAUCUACCAUUUUGUAUCAUUGUUGCCCCUUUUUAAAAAAAUCAUUUUAUGGGAUCUGGGAGUACACUUGUUUUAGUUAAUCUUAAGAUUAUGGGGUUUUCACUAGUGUGCUUGUUGAAACCGGUCAGUUAGCUUGGGGCAGUCAAACUCAGGGGACUAAAGUUAUCAACCUGAUAAUUUGUCAUAAAACUUUCAGUAUAACUGCUGAAAGAUUGGUCCAAUUAUCUGUUUCAUUAUUUGAAAUUUUAAAGAACAUUGAAGACUUGUGAGUGUUAAAUUUUGAGUAUUAUUUCAUCACCCUUUUGAAUUUUAAAAGCAUAUUCCUGACCUCAGGGAGGCAAUGUUUGUCCUCAUUAUUAAAUAUAGACGGAAUAUAUAUAUUAUCUUUAUUGAUUUUAUUUAUUAUUUCAUAAGUUAUUCAGCACUUAUAAAUGAUCGAUCCUCACUUAUGCACUUUACACAAAAUGUGAUGAAAUGUGAUGUAACGUGUUUAACCAAUAAACUGAAG